CUCAGGUGCAGUCAGAAUAGUAGUAAUGCACUACUUCAGGAUAAGGAAUGUGGAGAUGUCAACAGCUAUUUAUGGUCCGGGGUAAUCAUGCGAUCUACUUGCAGUUCGCACGAAAAUCAGAGCACCAAAGACUGCCAUACCCUGACUGUCCAACAGUUGAAUAUGACUUUACAAAAAGAACUCGCUGUCUCUGCCAAAAAUGUAACAUAUAGAAGCAUCGCUUGUGCCAAAUGUAAUGAUGAAGAAAAUGCAAGUUUCUGGGCUUUAAGUAUUUCGUGCAAAAGUACCACAGGAAAUCCACCUGCUCCGAACAUCACUGUUUUGACGAAGUUUUUGAAGGAGCACGAAGAUUGUUCCUGGAAAUACGCACCAACUCACAACCUUACAGGCCAUUAUAGAAGUUGUGUGGUAAAGGAUGCACGCUGCGCUUCGAACAAGUCAAACAUCUUGCCUAUUGUUCGAGAAUUGUGUGCUUUGUAUUCCAUGGUCUUCACAGUUGAUGGUAAAAGAAGCUACAGGAAUCCUCACUGUGCUUUGUGUAAUCAAGAGGGAUGGCUAAUUCCUCAGCAAACUAACUCACCUGGGAUAUCGAGUGUAGGCCCGCCCUACACGCCUCCAUUACGAAUCCUUCUUGAUGUGAGCCCAAACAUAAAAUUCACAACCGAAUCGAGAGAGAAAUCACAACCUACGAUUAAUACUGAAGCUCCGCGAUUUCAAGUUUUCAACAUGUCUUCGCAAGUGCUUAACUGUACAUCAACUGGCAUCAACAACUGCACUUGCCAAGCUUUGAUUCUAGCAAAUAAUCAAUCAAUUCGGGCAAGCAUGUCGUCAAACAAAACCCUUGUGACAUUGACAUCAAGUCGGAUUUCAUAUGACGACGAUUUCAUAAGAUUGCAGGGAAACGAUGUUUCUAAUUUGUGCCCAACAGCCCAGCCUGGACCAUUAGAUGCACUCACGAAAUAUGAAAAUGACAGUUUAGUGCUGGUUCACAUCACCUUUGCCGCUAUGAUUUUGUCCAUCGUCUCGCUGUGUUUUCUUCUCGCUGUUUACCUGUCUUUUAAAGAACUGAGAAAUCUGCCCGGGAGAUGUGUGAUCAAUCUCUCCGGAGCGUUAUUGUGUUAUCAAGCAUUUUUCCUCAGUGCAAAGAAGUCAACAGAAGUCCCUAUCCUCUGUCAAGCAGUGGCAAUUUUAAUUCAUUUCUUCGCUCUUUCCGCAUUUUCAUGGAUGGCCGUUAUGGCCUUUGAUACAGCAAGUACCUUUACUCCAACAGGUAAGUGAACCCUUUAUACGGGGACCGAGAGCAACCCACACCCAGAGGAAAUUCCAACCGCUAAGGCCUGGUUGAUUGUCAAAGGUGCACUCACUUCAUGCUAUGUAAUUCACCCCAAACGAAGCAAACAAUCGCCUCAGAAAUUUAAUUAUUUCAGUAUCCCGAAAAGAAACACCCUUAUUAUACAGACACACAGAUGCAAUUCACUGUAUUCGGUGGGAAACGCACUUACGUGACCACAACUAGUGUCAGCAGGUAAUUUAGUGUUAACAACUGAGUUGAAAAGGUAAAUUAGCUAUCGUAAAGGGUAAAAAAGCUGACGUUUCGAGCGUUAGCUUUUUUUACCCUUUGCGGUGGCUAAUUUACCUUUCAACUCAGUUGUUAACACUAGAUUACCUGCUAUACGCUCCCACCGACGCAGCACCACAGUUUCUUUAGAAACUUACCCCUUUAUUCAUAGCUAGUCAACAUUCCUUACUUAUGUUAGCUUUCAAAACAAUUGCCAAGCUGCCAAAUACUAACAACAUAACCAUACCUUAAUGUCAUAGAGUAUAACAAAAAAAAAGGAGGAAUCAUAAGAGACAUUUGAAUCGUGAAAACUUACAAAAAAGUCGUUCAAAUGCCAAAACAUUGUGAUCGUCCUGAAAUGUUCGUUCACCCAUACAUAGCACUUUUUCCUUUUCCCUGGUCUUUCUCCGCAACCUUUAUGCCAAUUUGCGUUAUACUUGGAUAAACACCGCGGCGAACUGAAAUGACAACGCAGAUAAUUCAUUAAGAAAAUGUGCCUCAUUAAACAGUGUUCCUUUUACUUUAACAAAUUAGUGGCUGACACAAGUAGGCAACCAUCAGACAACAGAAAGAUCUUCAACAAGUAUUGCAUUCUGGGAUGGGGACUUCCUGCUGUAAUCGUUGGAUUUUGCAUUGUGUUGGACCUCAUUGGAACUUUCCAUGUCGGAUACGGUUUGUAAACAAAACAUCAGGCCCCGGUUGUUCAAAGGGUGACCAAUGCUAUCAUCUGGAUAAAUCUCUAUCCGGCGGAGAGCGCAUUUUGUUCUAUUAAUUCUUAUCCGCUGGAAAGCGAAUUAUCCAUUGGAUGGUGUUAUAUACGCUCUUUGAACAACUGAACCCUGAAAAUUAUAUCCAAGCUACAUGUAAACUCCCAGCUUGACUACUUUACCUACGUUUGAUGACGUGCAGUGAAAAAAAUCCCCUAGUUCGAUAAUUUUUGCUCGAACAAGUAAAGAAUAUAUUCGAAUCAUUCAUGAGAUAAAAUUAAAAGUUCAGAACAAUUGGCCACACUAACUUUUUCAUUCGCAUCACGAAAUAAGUUGCAAUUUACUUUCAGAUUUUUUUCCCAUAGGAAAUUUGCUCUUCUGUUGGAUAUCAGAUAGCACAGCCCUAACUGUUGUCAUGGUAACGCCUGUAAGCGCUGCUUUGAUCUUCAAUGUAAUCUGCUUCGCAAAAAGCGUGUAUGCCAUUCGUCAUUUACAACAGGUACGCGUAUAUAAUAUUGAAGCAUGAAGCUUUCAGAGAGUAUUAAACAGAUUCAUACAAGGUUCUUGGUUUAAACUACGAUAUCUACUGUUCUGAAGCAAGGUGACAUAAAAAAACACUACUCUAAAGCUAAGGCUUAAAGCAAUUUCCUUGCAGUAUUUUCCUUUUUUUCUUCCACUCAGGCUGCCGCCCUUGCAGCAUCUAACAGCUCUAAAGCUUCUCUGACUUUCAUCUGCAUCAAACUGACCACAGUCAUGGGUUUGACCUGGAUUCUGCAGCUUGCUGCUAAUUGGAGACACACAGAGUUCUUACAAUAUCCCUCCGCUGUAUUGAACAGCAUGCAAGGUAAACGAGCUGGUUCGAGUUAUUUGGAUUAACCCGAGCGUAACAGCGAAGCUACGAAUCCCUGUUUCUUCUCAAUCCCAAAAAGAUCCUGUACUUGUGCAAACUCUCCGUGCCGCAAGGAUUUUUUUUUUAUCUCCUUUCUUUUCUUUUUCGUAUCUAUUUAAAUUUUUGGCAAUCAAAACCAAAAAAUUUAUUUAAUUUCGUUGACUUUAUUCUUCCUUAAUUUGGAGAAGAUUUAUUUCAAGUCUGCCAUUUAGGCUUUAACCCGUGAGCAGAAGAUUUACUGGGAGGCACCGCAAUAUUUAAUUUGACAAUAUCUCGUAAAGAUAGAAUAUUAUAACUCCAACGCUCUUAUCUUGAUUUCAUGCGAUAUAGCUCAUUUACAAAUACAAUGUUUUACAGGGUUAUUCAUCACUUCGUGUUUUGUUACCACUAAGAAGGUGCGAGGUCUCUUCAAAGAGAGAUUCUCUAAUCGAAGAAGUCGUUCAGUUGAACCCCAAACAAACUCUGCUCGUGACCAACCUACUGUGGGAAUCACUGAUGUUGAAAGAGCUGAAGGUGCUACUAUCGUUCCCAGGGAACAAGGGAGAACAAAUUCUUAAAGAAGAUAAACCUCUUUUUAUGCACAUGGAAUAGAAUGAGACUUUCGGCCUUUCCAUUAAAGCUGUAACAUAAUGCGUGUGAAAACGAACACAGAUUAUUAUGGGAUAAUUUGGUAUUAUCAACAGAGUUAAUUACGUAAAUUGGCUAUCGUAAAGAGUUUCAAAGCUGACGUUUCGAGCGUUAGCCCUUCAUCAGAGCGUCAGAUCAUUAUGCAUCUGAAAACUUUCGGCAUAUUACUCAAACGAGCUGCUUUACUAAAUAUGAAGAUUUCAAAGCUGCUUAGCUAAAGGUAAUUAGCUUACCGUAAUACUGGAAGCUAGUAUUAUCAUUGUUUAUAUUGUAAAUGGUAUGACUAGUAGUAAUGAAAGUAUUGAAAGUACACACUUUUUUUUUUUUUUGCCAUAGCACGUCUGUUCAUUGAUAGAUCACAGAUGCAAAUAACUGAUGUAUGUAAUCUACUAGUGCGCGAACGCACGAACAUCAAUUGAUGUUAUUGCUGUAAUAAGUAUGUUAUCGUGAUUAAAUAGGAUUAAAAAUCAUAUACCGGCAAAAACUUGAAAUUGUAGAAAAUUCGUGUAAACAAGUUUCGGUUGAUCGAAGGAUCGAUCUGUGUUGUGCCUGUUGCUCAAGUCAACAAGUGUUUGAUAAACGCUAUAUGUACUCUUCCAGUGUAAUGAAUUUCCAUGUUUAUGAACAAACGAACAUCGAUUGAUGUUAUUGCUGUAAUAAGUAUGUUAUCGUGAUUAAAUAGGAUUAAAAAUCAUAUACCAGCAAAAACUUGAAAUUGUAGAAAAUUCGUCUAAACAAGUUUCGGUUGAUCGAAGGAUCGAUCUGUGUUGUGCAUGUUGCUUAAGUCAACAAGUGUUUGAUAAACGCUAUAUGUACUCUUUCAGUGUAAUGAAUUUCCAUGUUUAUGAUUGUCUGAUAAUCAGUAAAAUCAAUUCUCAUUUAUGAAUUGGUUUUAACGUGUCAAACCACCAUUUACGAGGCUAAAAAGGUUUGAAUGACCAAUUUCUAUAAUCCAUCGAAAAACAAAACAAUCAUAAUCCAAAAGAACUGCUCAGAUCUUCUUCGCAUAUUUUUUCCGAGCUUUCUGUGACGUGCUAUGAAUGUCAGGAUGCAAUAAAAUGUAAUUAAUUUUGAGCACAAAAUGUAAGUACCUAAUCAUUUCAGGUUCUGAGUGUUUUUUUCUUCUUUUGUUUUGUUUUGUUUUGUUAUUUUUGUUGUUGUUUGUUUGUUUGUUUGUUUAAGCUUUAUUUAGCAUUCUUCAGAAAUUAAAGAACUAUUUAAGUCAAAUCUUUUUCCGAGCCACAAAUUUAAAUAUUGAUGUUUUUUCGUUUACUGCUGCUGUGUGGGAUUAUUUUUGGCUUGAAAUAACCAAGAAGGUACCUAUCACUAAGUAGUUUUCGACUCGUUGUGUAACGAUCAAGCACCAACCAAGUUUAUACUUCCAAAAGGAGAAAACUUAAGAAAACUGAUCCAUAAUAUAUUCGAUCAAAUGUGACUCUUCGACCUCUGGAAGUGCUCCUCGUUAUUUACAUAAGCUGAGCCUUUUGUUAUGAUGAGACAGAUAAGGAAACUCUGACAGCUGUAUUAAAAAAAAAACCUUUAAAAAGCCGAAAAGUAAACACAGAGUCUAAAUUUUUUAAUGAAAACUGUCAAAGCAAGCUGGGUUUUUUUUAAUUAAUUAUUAUUGUGAAUUUAACACAGAUCAAGAUGACGAGUUUAAAUCUUAGAAAUAUACAUUUUUUUUCGGAAAACGUCCCAUUGAAGAUUUUCUUAUCACAUCAUCGUUAUUAUCUUUGGAGGAACAAUUAAGUCUCUGAUCUUUCAAUUUUCCCCCUUUUAGUUGACAGCAUGUUUUACUAUCAAUAAGUGGUGUGGAGAAGGCAGGUCUUUUAAGGUUCAACGGGGGCCAUAUAUUAAUGCAAUUCCUAAAUUAACAAUUUUUCCAAAUUCAAAACAAUCAGAUUCGUGUCAGGAUGAGCAAUCGAUCUCCUUUAUGGAUUUUGACUAACGCUCGCUACUUUAUUUGCUUACAUCAUGAAGAGCUUUUUACGAAUGCAUCUCGAAACCGUUAUAGCACAGGUCAAAAGAUGAAAUAUUGAUAUUUUUUUAAUUUUGAAAAUUAAAAUAGCAUUUGUACAGCAUUUUCGUUUUUUUUAAAAUAAUUAAGCAAUUGUGAAAAGGGGGUUUCUCUACGUCUUUGCAUUUGGUUGAUUGUCAAAAGGUUUUAGCUGAUAAAUUUUAAAGCUUAGUUAAUUAACAAGCUGUUCAGCUGCUUUUUACAGGAAUAAAAGUUCUUUUCAUAUUUGCUCUUUAGGUGUCAAAGCUCUGAACUGUAUUUGCAUUCUUAAAACUUGAAGUUUUUCUUGUGACAAAUCGAUCACGUUUACAGAAGGCGGCACGGUAGAAAAAAAAAUCUUGUCCUUCGGUAAAAUUUGACGAUCGUGUUUAAAAUAUUCGUCGCUCUUAAAAUGUGACUCUUUAUUAGACUUUUUACACUUUCACAUAAAGAAAAGGAUAUGGAAUCACUUGGCCGGAAAAAGGUCAUCGAUAAAGAGAGAAAACCGGACAGCAGUGAGACAUGAGAUAAUUAUUGGCUUUAUUAGUAACGACUUCAAGACGUUUUCAUUUCAAAGCGGUUUUUUUCUUUUCAUCAAGUCCUUCAUUAUGAACUAUCGCUCGUAAUCACAUACAUUCGCGAAAAAAGAGGAGGCGAGAUGUGACACGAACAUAAGAAUUUCAUUCAUGGUUUAAGUAAGAUUCUGCUUGGUUCAUUGACUUUAAAUGACCCUAUGAUCAUGCAUUCGAGAGUCUCUUGUCGAAUAUCGACUAUUAUUAUUGUCACGGCGCUGUCGAGUCUUUUCUUGCCAGCAAUGGGUAAAAAGUAAAAGUUUGAAAAAUGGGAAAAUUUUCUUGACAGGUAUGAGUGUGCACAAAUUUUUUUGGGUUUUUUAUUAUUAUCACCUAUUUCUUUAACUUUUCAUUUUUCCUUAGCAAAAUCCCAAACUAAGAACAAAGAUAUCAGAUGUAAAAUUCUCGUUUUCUCCUUUAGAUGAAUAAAUACUAUCUUCGAAGGAGUUACUGACACUGUAAGAGUAAGUGCCGCCAAUUACCGUGUUGAUCCUUUUCCUCUCUGAUUCAGAUUCAAGCGAAGAUGACUUUGUUGUGAAGUUUAAGGGUGAAGUUAUCAGUUUGAGAAAUAUUUCCAAACUUCUCCAUCAGCAAAACAUCACUCUACCAAACGAAAAGGAGUUUUUCAGAGUAAUACUUCAACAGAAGAAUUCCACAGCACAGUCAUGUAGAGGCAGAUGUUAUGUUGGAGAAAGACAACAGUGUAAGAAAUGUUAUUAUGAUAAGGUUUGCGAAACAUUUGGGGACUGUUGCUUUGAUUUUUACUCGAGGUAAGACUCACUGAAUUGAAUUCAUAAUUUUUUUGUAGCGCGAUUAAGAUAUGAAAAUUCUUAGAAUGAAGAGAUUAACUUUUAGCCUUGUUAGAUGCUAUUACUUGGAGCAAAGUUACAAUAGUGAUACAGGAAAAGUAUUCCGUUAGGUCGUUAUCAUGCUCUCGUUCUUGGUGCCCCUGUAGAAGCAAACUGUGCGAGCAAGCAAAGGAACAAAUACAAAUCAAAAAAGGGUAUGGGCUCUCUAUCAAAUAAAGGAGUUAAUAAAACUGGUGAGCCAAAUUACAUGAAAUUAAUGAAACCAUUAGCUUCGUAAACACACAACUGACGAAAAAUACUUUCCUAUUAUAGAGAGAAAAUCCACGUAGAAAAAUUAAUUAGGAUGUGUAUGAACAUGAGUAAUGAAUGACAGAUCAUGAAGAUAAAUGAUGACAAGUGAAAGAGGGCAACGCAGAAUCGCAAAUGCGCUUGCCAACCGAAAUUUUAGUUAAACUCAAUAUAAAAUUGCCAGGUUAAAAAGAGAGUUGACACCAAUUUUUGUCCUCAAAACUCCAACAGACAGCGAUGAGUCGGUCACUGCGUAACCGAAUUCUGGACUUAAAAAGAUCAAUUUAUAGCGCAGUUUGAUCUUUUAAAAUAGAAACUAGCUAUCCCAUAAGGCGUCAGUGCACAAUGAUUCCUUUUUAGUUUUUUCACAAACCUAAAAACUACACUUUUUUCGGUAGGUGUCGUAAAAUUUCAAGUUCUUUCUUUCCGGCGAACGUAGAAUGUGGGAAGGUUGGCAGUUCAUCUUGGUCAUCUGGAAUAGUCAUGAGAUCUACAUGUGAUUCACGUGUCAGUGCGAGUACAAAAGACUGUCAUCGUAUCCAAAGGUUGAAUUUCACGCCAUAUAAAGAACUACCAGUGUAUAGCUGGAAACACAAUCUAACUUACAGAAGCAUUGCCUGUGCGAGGUGUAACAAAGAAAAAAACAUGUCUUUUUGGAGUCUCAACAUCUCAUGUAAAUUUACCGCCGGACGAGGACCUGAUCCAAACAUCACUAUUGUUGAGAAGUUUCUAAAGGAACACAACGACUGCUCAUGGAAAUAUUCACCAACGCAAGCCAUUGAAAAGUACCAACAGUUUUGUGUCAUACAUGAUUCAUCAUGUUCUUCUAAAGAGCUGAGAAUGCCAUCUGCAGUCAGACAAUUGUGUGCGCUGUACGCCAUGACUUUUACAGUUGAGGAUGGAAAAGGACGGCGCGAGUAUAGAAAUCCCCAUUGUGCAUUUUGUAAUACCGAGGGAAGACUGAACACCGCUGAAAAACCAAUAUCUCCGAUAGUGCCUCCAUUGAACAUCCUUCUAGACGUAAGCAAAAAUAUAGAGGAACCAGCUGCACCAAAACCUGUUCAUCCAACAAACCCAGCUGAGACUCGAACAGUGAGCCAUAAUAUUUCACUACAGGUUCUUAACUGCAGCUUAAAAUUGGAUAACUGUACAAUUAUCUUUAGAAAUAAAACAUGUCGGGUUUUCUAUCCUGUGAAAAACCAAUCAAAUCAAACGAUAUAUCCUUGGAACAAAAGUUUCACGAUGGUGACGAAUCAAUCUUCAUACGACGAAACUAAUUUUCAUAUUUUGUGUCCAGAUCAUCUGACCAGAAAGAAUGUAUGGUACAGCGAAAGUUCAGCUCUCUUUCUCAUCACAUUUACUGGCAUGCUUUUUUCCAUAUUCUCGCUCUGUUUGCUACUCAUAGUCUACGUAUCCUUCAAGGACCUUAAAAACCUUCCCGGACGAUGUGUCAUCAGUCUCUCUGCCGCGUUGCUGUUAUAUCAAAUAAUAUUUCUCAGUGCUAAAAAAUCAACAGAGGUUGAUGUUCUUUGCAAAGCAGUCGCCAUUUUACUCCACUUUUUUAUUCUUUCUACAUUUGCAUGGAUGAGUAUUAUGGCCUUUGAUGCGGCAAAUACGUUUUCCAUCAAAGGUAGGUGACCGCAAAACAAUACCGUCAGCGUGUUUCCAUGAAAACUGCAAAAACAAUGAUAAUAACUCACGCUUAUCUUAUCAAUAAAGUACUCAACGUUACUGACAAUUAACCGUUUCAUGACUGACCUGAAAUAGACCAUAGACUGCAACUUACUCGCGGCCUCAAACCAUAUAUGACGUGCAGUCUUUUAUUGUUAAUAAAGGCAAAACCAAAUACGCUCCACGGUUUUAUGCCAAUGGCGAAUUUUUCAUUUAUGGAAUCAAUGAUUUCAUAAUGAUAGCCAGCAGUAAUUAUGCUUUAUCUAUAUUUUUAUCACACAGUGACUGCCAGGAGAAGACAACCAUCAGACACAAGAAAAAUCUUCAUCAAAUAUUGCAUAGUGGGAUGGGGACUUCCUGCAGUAAUUGUUGGUUUAUGUUCUGUGCUGGACCACACCGGAACCUUCCAUAUCGGAUACGGUUUGUAGGAAGGCGCAAUUAAAUUGAUAUGUUUUGAAAUGGCGAGUUUAAAAAUCGAUUCUUACUAUCCUAGUUGACCUCGCACAGUCAAUAAUAAUCAUAACCAUGAUCUCUUUCAAAACUAUUAAAAGAGCUACACAAAAUUCUACUGGAAAUAUCAAAAGAAAUACUGAUUUAAGGACAUGACCCUUUGCAUUCUGUGUCUACUCAUUUCCCAAUUUUUUUUCCAAAGACCGCGCCUGGACUAAAUUUUCUUUUUUUUUUUUUUUUCAAAGGAAAUUUGGUUUAUUGCUGGAUAUCCGAUUCAAAAGCGUUGACUUUUGCUAUGGUUAUUCCUGUUAGCGCCACCUUGGUUUUCAAUAUAGUAUGCUUCACCAAAAACAUUUAUGUCAUUCAUCACUUGCAGAUGGUAUGUAUACUGUACUGUAAAACUUGGCAGUUCUACUGAUAGACGCUCUUAACUAUGUCGGAAGACAUUCGAAGAAUGGAACGCAGCUCGUGGCAUAGAACACCAAAGCCAGUCAUACUGAAAAGGACUAUUUUUUCCAUAAUGGCUUCAAAUGUACCAGGAUAUAUAGGAAAAGAAAAGUUACCGUUAAUAUACAGAUCAUGAUAUGAGAUCAAUUUGGUUUUCUAACUAUUUCAGAUGCCACGACGCAAUUUUUAGCGCGGCGGUGUUCCAGGUUUAGGUCCCGACUGGGAUUAUUUUAUUGUGUUCUUGAGCAAGACGUUUUACUCUCAUAAUGCCUCUCCUCACCCAUAGGUAUUCAUGAUGACCAGCAUAAUUUCCUGGGGAACUGACGAAUUUCUGGGUGUAACUCGCGAUAAAAAAGGGUAAUUUAGCAUUAUUAACUGAGUUAAUAACGUAAACUGGCCACCGAAAAAGAGUUUCAAAGCUGGCGUUUCGAGAGUUAACCCUCCAUCAUUCUCUCUGACAAAGAGCUAAUGCUUCAAAUUUCAGCUUUGAAACGGUGGCCAGCUAGUGCUAUCAACUCCGUUGAUAAUACUGAAUUACCCUGUUAUACUUUUCCACCGACGCAGCACCAUAAUUUCUUUAGAAACUUACCCCUUCGCAAUAAAAUAGUUUCCCUUUAAAGCAAAGUGGAACUAGCCUAAAUUUAGGUCUUUAACAUGUUGCAAGCUUUUUAAAAGGAUUGAUAUUCAGCCUUUUCCUCUGUACAGGCUGCCAACAUGGCAGUAUCGAACCGCUCUAACGCGUCUUUGACCCUCAUCUGCGUCAAACUGACCACAGUCAUGGGUCUGACUUGGAUUCUGGAGCUUGCUGCUAACUGGAAGCAAACGAACUUCCUGCGUUACCCAUCUACUGUGUUAAACAGCUUACAAGGUAUUGAAGCUUGACACUCAUAGAAGGGCGUGGCUGAAGGUUAACCCUUUAACACCCAGGAUCUGAUUGUUCAUUCUCCCCUCUACCUGCUACAUAUUUCCUUGUAAAUCAGUUAUGAGAACUUGGUGUUAGAUCAAGAUAACAACUUCUACCUGAUCAGUUUGAAUAUUCUUAUUACCCGUUUGCUGGAUAAUGUGAGGAUGUUGUGGGGAGAAGUUUCAUGUUGAUCACUUCUGGGAAUGAAAGGGUUAACGGGGGUUCAUUUGACUCUCCUCUUUCUAAAGGAAGUGAUACUUUAUGAUGAUAAAAAGCUACCUAGUUUUUCCUUCAAAGCCAUUACGACACAAGAGUUGGAUUCUCUACUUGAAAAAUCCUAUUCUAUAUACGUCUCUAAGGUAAUGUGAAAUGAAUAAAAUAUCAAAAAUUAAAUUGUUCCAUUUGAAAGUUAUAUCAUAGAAAGCUCCUCUUUCUUUUAAAAAUUCAUCAUAGCCUCGAUGUUGAGUCAGUUCAUAUCGAUAAUUUCUUUGUUUCGAUUUCUUUCGCUUUACAUCUUCACAGGAUUUUUCAUCACGUUGUGUUUUGUUACCACUAAAAAAGUCCGAGGUCUGGUCAGGGAAAGAUUUUCCAAACGAAGAAAUGAAGCAGUUAAAGUGCAAGCAAGCUCCUCUCGUGACCAUCGUACAGGAUUUACUAAUGUUGAAAGAGCUUCAGGUUCAUCCCCUGUUUCCUCGCGACGAGGGAUGCAAAACUUUGCUUACAGUGUCUCUUGUGUCUGA